CAAAAUUAAACUUCCCCACAGAAAGGCGCCUUUUUUUUUGGGCCAAAAGUUAAACUUCUCACACUCCCGGCCUCCUCUCCCUCUCCCGUUGCUCUCAUCUGCCAUCUCUUCCUCAUCGAACGAACCAAAUUGUGGAGGGAUUUGGGAAGGAGUUGUUGGAGAAGAAGGUGACGAAGGCUGCAGAGCCGCUGUCGUCUCGCACACUAACCCCAUGAACCCAAGACACCCAUUUAUCCAGAACGCACUCAACUUCUUCUUCACCAAUCGUUCGCUGCCGCUUUAGGGCUCGCUGUCCCUUAAUGACACUCCGGCCUCCGUCGUCGAUUCCAAGAGCGGUGUUUUGUUUCCGUCGGUCCUGGCCGGGACUUGGCGACUUCUGGGAAUUGGGUUGAGGAGAAAAAGAAAACGCGUGCUGGGGUUGUAGAACAUCGAUUUGUAUUCAUAUGGAGAGCAAAGAGCAGCUUGGAACCAACGGUAGCUUUGCUACAUCUUGUUUCUCUAUUAUUGUUAACUUAGAUCCUGCUGCAGAGCAUUUUGACUACCCUGUGGCUUUAGAUAUCAGGGAGCUAAUUAACUUGGAUGAUGUUAUGGAGGAACUUGGACUGGGUACCAAUGGAGGACUUAUGUACUGCAUGGAACACCUUGAAGAUAAUCUGGAUGAUUGGCUUGCAGAUGGAUUGGAGGAUUACCUGGAUGAUGACUACUUAAUUUUGGACUGCCCAGGUAUGCAUAUGAGCAUACGUGUUCCGUUGUCUGUAUCUAUUAUCAUGCAUCAGUUGUUGAAAGGUUAGGUAUGCAAUGCUAGCAUUGUUACAUUGCAACAAAAAUACCACCAAAGUACUGGCUGAUUGGUAGUUCAUAUGCUUUCCAAUUGCCUGCUUCUCUUUUAGAAGGCAAUUGUGUGAUGCAUCUUUCGGUGAAUGUAAUUUUGUUAGAGCUGUUUUGUGUUUGAGAAGUGUGGAAGUAAUUAUGUUUUGGAUAUGACUACUCUGACUAUUAUGAGGGCUCUUCCAAGAGAGGUUGACCCAGCAGUGUAUAAUAUGCUUCAUGAAGAUCCAGGUUCAAAGUUUCUUAGUACUGAUGGCAGUACAGGCAGCAAGGCAGAAGUGAAUUAUUUGGGACAGUUCUAUCAUCCUAAUCUUGUUAAACUAAUUGGCUAUUGCUUGGAAGAUGAGCAGUGCCUUUUGGUAUAUGAAUUCUUGCCUCGAGCUGUUGUCAUGGAAUAUGCAGCUGGUGGUGAGCUAUUUGGGAGGAUAUAUAGUGCUGGUAGAUUUAGUGAAGUUGAGAUCAUAAUUGAUAGUAGAAAGUCUUUGACAUCAAACAUGGAAGAUACGUCGUCGGUUUUAUCAAGCGAUAGCAUGCAUAUUGGUCUUCUUGCUGCUGCUGCUCAUGCAGCUGCAACAAAUAGUCGGUUUACUAUAUUUUAUAAUCCAAGAGCAAGUCCUUCUGAAUUUGUGAUACCCCUGGCCAAGUAUGUUAAAGCAGUCUAUCAUACACGUGUUUCUGUGGGAAUGCGAUUUAGGAUGCUGUUUGAGACAGAAGAAUCAAGUGUUCGCCGGUUACUUGUUUUGGAUGGUACGAAUUGAGUUAUAUAUGUAGCAGCAGCAGCUAGCUUUGAAUUAUGUAGGUUCAAAAUAGUAGUAAUACAUUCUGGAUGUUGGACUUGUAGUUCUUGCUGGUUACUUGUUUUGGAUCUUGGACAUGUAUUAAUGGAUGUUCUAUAUA